AUGAAGUUGUUGAAUGAUUCAAGGAAGGGUGACAUAGUGCUUGAUACAAAAGAAGGUAGGAGGAGAAGAAGAAGGAGAAGCAAAGAAGAAGAGAAAGAAGGCAAACUGGCAAACCGUUGGUGGCAAGGGCCAUUAGGCCUUCCCGGCAGCGAGCCAACCGGCUCCAGCCCCGGAAACACAGCCCAAGACAUGCCUCUCAAAGACUCCGACCACACCUCCGGCAUCCCACCCACCAACGACGACGACGACGAAGACCGUGAAAACAUCAACAACGACGAAGGUGCCAUCAUCGAAGCCGGCUCUCGCCGCCCCCGCGGCCGCCCACCCGGCUCCAAGAACAAACCCAAACCCCCCAUCUUCGUCACCCGCGACAGCCCCAACGCUCUCCGUAGCCACGUCAUGGAAGUCGCCGGCGGCGCAGACAUCACCGAUUGCAUCGCUCGCUUCGCUCGCCGCCGCCAACGCGGCGUUUCCAUCCUCAGCGGUGCUGGCUCCGUCGUCGGAGUCACUCUCCGCCAACCCUCCUCUCCCGGCGCCGCCGUCGUCGCCCUGCAUGGCCGGUUUGAGAUUCUCUCUUUGACUGGCGCCUUCCUCCCCGGCCCGGCUCCGCCUGGCUCAACCGGCCUCACUGUUUAUCUCUCCGGCGGUCAGGGUCAGGUCGUCGGAGGCAGUGUCGUCGGGCCUCUUAUCGCCGCCGGUCCUGUGAUGCUCGUCGCCGCCACCUUUGCUAAUGCUACGUAUGAAAGGUUACCACUCAGUGAAGAAGAAAGUCAAGAGGUUGAAGCACAAGGCCAACUUCCGGGGAUCGCCGGAGAAGGUAGCCUCCCGGAGCCACCACCACCUCUUCCUGGCUUCAACCUUCCACCUAAUCUAGCCCACAAUGGUGGCCAUUUAGGCCAUGAACCGUUCCCAUGGCCUCACUCUCGGCCACCUUUUUAGUUAUGAAAAUGAAUCUCAUGUUCCCAUGCAUGCAAAUUAAGCUUAAUACCAGUGAUUAUGUCUUCAUUAAUGGUGAUUAAACUUCAUUGUUGGUAAUUACAAGCAGUAAUCAUCAACGUGUUUUAUGUUUUUCCCAAUGUUAUUUGUGUGUUUUUUG